CUUUCUCUGUUGGUCUCUCUCUGUAAAGCUCUCUGGUUUUCCUUCAGAGGAGGUGGAGAAGAUGGACGGGCUGCCUCCCGGUUACCGCCCCAACUUCGGCGUCUGCCUCGUCAAUUCCGACAAUCAGGUUUUUGUUGCUUCCAGGUUAAAUGUUCCAGGAGCUUGGCAGAUGCCUCAGGGGGCUAUUGAAGAUGACGAGGAGCCUAAACUUGCUGCUAUCAAGAAAUUACGUGAAGAAACUGGUGUAGCGUCUGCUGAGAUUAUUGCCGAGGUUCCAAAUUGGUUGACCUAUGACUUCCCUCCCGCUGUGAAGGCCAAAGUGAAUCGUCUCUGGGGUGGUGAGUGGCAUGGGCAGGCACAAAAGUGGUUUCUCAUGAGACUGACAAAAGACAAUGACAGCGAGAUCAACUUAGCAAAUGGUGAAGCCGACACAGAGUUUGCAGAGUGGAAAUGGGCAAGCCCAGAAGAAGUCAUAGAGCAGGCCGUGGACUACAAGAGGCCACAAUAUGAGGAAGUCAUGAAAACCUUCGAGCCCUAUCUCAAUGGAAGCGACAUAUCAGCUAAAUGUAAAUCAACAAAAUGGUGAAAUUUUUGGCUUCAUGGGUAGAUCUCUCUUUUGUUCAUAGGUAAAAGGUUUGAACGUAGUGGUGCGCUCUGCACUUUGUAAAUGAACCAGCCAGUUUAAUUUGUAAGCUUUGGAGGUCAACUUUAGCAUAAUCCUGUCCUUAAGUUUUGCUAAUCGAUCUGUCUUUUUUGUCA